UAAGCGCGCACCUCUGAGAUGGGGAGGAGGAGUCUGCUGUAAGGAAAGAGAGAAGUGCUGGCAGAGGGGACACUGAAAAAUAAUAACAACAACCAAAAAUAGCAAUAAAGAGAAAAAAGGGAGAAGGAAAAAGAAGACAGAGAGGACUGGAGUAAGACAAAGAAGGCUUGCAGUUGUGACUGUUACUGGGAGUCGGGCCAGUACAGUGAGUGGAGAACAAGGGUCUGGAAGAGAAACAUCAGCAGCCAGUCAUGGAUAAAGGCAAGAAGAGAAAAAUUCAUGAAGAAAACAGAAUGUUUAAUGAUACAUGGACGGAAUCAUUUGCAUUCUCUCCUGACGAGAUUGGUUUACCAGUCUGCUUAAUAUGUGGUAAGAAAUUAGCAAACAACAAAAAGUCGAAUGUUGCAAGACAUUUCCAGAAUAAACACACAGCUUUUGCUGAAAAAUAUCCAGACGGAGAUGAGAGACGAAAAGCCGUUGCCGAACUUAUGAGGAAGGUUGAUAGGAGCAAAACUAAUCUCAAGAUGUGGAUGAAGUUUGCAAAUUCAACAACAUAUGCUAGUUUUGUGGCUGCUCAGGAAAUAGUCAAGCAUGGGAAGCCAUUCACAGAUGGCGAGUAUAUAAAAGAAGCAUUCGUUAAGGUUUCAGAGCAUCUAUACCAGGACUUCAAAAACAAGAAUGAAAUUGUGCAGAAAAUUAAAGACAUGCCUCUUUCAGCAAAGACUGUCAAAGAUAGAACACUAAAAAUGGCAGAAGACAUUAACAAACAGCAAAUUCAAGACAUCAAUUCAGCUGUGGCCUACUCCAUCGCCUGUGAUGAGUCCAAAGAGAAAGGUGAUCUUGAACAAAUAGUGUUGUUCUGCCGAUAUGUAAACUAUUUGGGGCCACAAGAAGAACUGAUUGAGCUGAUACCACUAAAAGACCAAACAAGGAGUGAGGAUAUCUGUAAGGCUGUCUUGGACUAUUUAAGUGCUAAAAAAAUAAGCACCAACCAUCUGGUCUCAGUAGCUACUGAUGGGGCACCUAACAUGAGAGGAGCACAGAAGGGCUUUGUCGCUUUACUGCAGAAGGCUCUGGGUAGAACGCUGCUGUCAUUUCAUUGCAUCCUGCACCAAGAGGCAUUGUGUGCUCAAACAUUUCCCCCGGAAUGCACAAAAGUGAUGGACGUGGUUAUUCAGAUUGUUAAGAAGAUCAUUAUCUUAAAGGGUUUAAAAAACCGCCAGUUCCAUUUGCUUUUGGAUGAGGUGGACAGCACCUAUUCUGACCUCCUGCUCCACAACAAGGUCCAGUGGCUGUGCAGAGGCGAGGUGCUAAAACGCUUUGUCGCAUGUUUAGAAGAAGUAAAAACUUUCCUGGCCAGCAAAGAGCUCACCUUUCCUGAGCUGGAACAACCAGAAUGGCUGGAAAAAUUACAUUUUAUGGUAGACAUGACAGCACAUCUAAACACACUAAAUACAGCCCUUCAGCGAAAAGGAAACACAGCCCUGAAUAUGCUGGAGGAAGUUUUGGCAUUUGAGAGCAAGUUGACAGUGUUUGUCAAAGAUUUACAGAGAGGUACCCUGUUUCACUUUCCCUCUUUGAGAGAGUUCAAACAAAGUCACGGUACGAUAAAUUUGGAUGAUUUGAAGUCUGCAAUCACCACAAUGCAAAAUUCAUUUGCGACACGAUUCUGUGAGUUCAGAAAGGAAAAAACCACAUUAUCCUUCCCUGUUACUCCCCUGGCGAUCGAUCCAUCCUUAUUGAAUAUGACUGCAUUUGUAGGUGUAAGUCAACCUGAUCUUGAAAUGGAACUGGCCGAUAUAGUCAAUAAAGAUAUAUGGGUGUCCACGUUCAAAUGCUUGACCGCUACUCUUGAAGACGUUGCCCGUCAGAAGGCCAUUCUGGCUCAAAAUCAUAAAUGGAGUGAUAUUGAAAACCUUCCCAAACAGGACAAACUUAUAUUCGAAACCUGGAAUGCCAUCCCCAAUACUUAUCUAAACAUGAAAAAGUAUGCAUUUGGAGUCCUGUCGAUCUUUGGCUCGACAUAUCUAUGUGAGCAGGUCUUUUCCAACAUUAACUCUAUUAAAAACAAACACCGAUUACGCCUCACAGACGAUAGCUUACAAGCCUGUGUGAAAAUGAAGGUAACGUCUUACAGCCCUGAUGUGCAGAUACUGUGUACUGAGGUUCAGGAGCAAAAAUCUCAUUAAACAGUUGUUUUUCAGGGACUGAAGAGAUAGCACAGCAGUGGGGCGUUUGCCUUGCACACAGCCAAUCCAGGACGAACAGUGAUUCGAAUCCCAGCAUCCCAGAUGGUCUCCAGU